AUGAUUGCCAAUCAUGACGAUGUUCUUGGACAUCACCUUGCUGGUAUUGGUCUCGCAAAUAAGAAUUCUAAAUAUACUUCACCUAGAAUUCAGAACGAUAUAAUCACAAUCAUUGGCUAUGAUGUAAUCCGUAGUGAUUUGAUUGAGGAAAUCAAAGCUGCUCGAUGGUUUAGCAUACUUGCUGACGAGGUAACUAGCAGCAACAAAGAAGAGCUGGCCCUAUGUUACCGUUUUGUUGACACAAAUAACAAUAUUAGGGAGGAAUUUCUGUCAUUCCUUAAUUUGUCAAGGAUUACCGCUGCAGUCAUCGCCGGUACCAUUUUGGACUUUCUAAAGAUGACAGGACUUGAUGCUACUAACAUUCGUGGACAAGGCUAUGAUGGGGCUGCAAACAUGUCUAGUGAUAAUGUUGGUGUUCAGCGACUGAUAAAAGAACAUUCACCAAAAUCUGUAUACGUUCAUUGUAGUGGACAUUGCCUAGACUUGGUAAUAGCACAUUCAUGCUCCCUGCCCUGUAUAAGAAAUACAACUGAUAAGCUAAAGACAUGUUGUUGGUUCUUCCUGGCAAGCCCAAAGCGAGGUCUUCUGCAGUCGAUAAUUAGAAAGGCUUUGCCAGAGGAAACAAAACAUCGGAAGGGACUUCUGGACUUGUGCAAAACACGAUGGGCUGCCAGACACCAGGCGUAUACUCAUUUCUAUCAGGCAUACAUAUACAUCAUUACAGCGUUGGAGAAUAUUGUACAUGGUGCCAAUGUAGAUGCAUGUGGCCUAGAUUUUAGGGAAGCCAAGUGGGAUCCAAAGUGUCGCAGUGAUGCAGCAUCUCUAUUGGCGAGUCUCACUUCAUUCGACUUUAUUGUGACGUUUCUUACGAUCUAUCACUUCUUGUCACACCUCAGUGGCAUAACAGUUAAAUUGCAAGGGCGUUCUGUUGAUAUCAUUAAGGCCUACCAUGAGAUCUCAACCGUGAAAGCAGUCUACAAAGCGAUAUGUGAUGACGUAGAGGUCGAGUUUUCAAGAUCGUAUAAGCAAGCUGUUAUAAUGGCUAGUGCUGUCAGCACCAUGUCAUCAAUGCUACGCACUGUUGGUCGACAGACUAUGCGUAGUAACGUGCCUGCAGCUACACCUGAAGAGCAUUAUCGGCAAAAUGUUGCAAUUCCAUUCCUUAGCCACAUCCAAUCUGAGCUGGACUCACAGUUCUCCGAUUUAUCGGUGCUUUCAUCAAAGCUACUGGGAUUAGUCCCAUCAGUGCUCUGUGAGGACGAUGUACCAUCACUUGAAGAGGUAGUUGAUGUAUACGCCGACGAUAUGCACUCACCUGAAGUGUUCCCGCAAGAAUUAUUUAGAUGGAAACAAAGAUUUCUACCAUUAUCCCCUGACCAACGUCCAUCCAUGGCAGCAGCAGCAGCGAUGAAAGUGUGUGAUGAUGACCUGUUCCCCAAUAUCUUUGUGCUCCUGAGAUUGUGCUGCACUAUUCCUGCUACAAGUUGCGAAUGUGAACGAAGUGCAAGUGCUUUACGAAGGCUAAACACCCAUCUACGAGCAAGCAUGACUUUCAGCUCUCGCGAUAAUGCAUAUCCACUAUGA